GAACCGCGAGUGUGUGUUUUUGUGCGCUUAGACAUGGUCGAGUCUUUCGUCGUCGUCGUCUUCGUCGCCAGUUCGCAAGAAGAGUGAAUUUAGUGCUGCAGUGCAUUAGUUGUAGCAUAUUGAUAGUGCAGAGUGGAAUAGCUGCGCGCGAGCUGUGCAUUAAAUGCAAAUUUUGAAAGAUUGGUCGCACAUCCCGGCACAGAGUCGCGAAAAGUGGUAACUGCAGUUUUUUCUCCCACCUGAGAAGAAACCGUACGAGUCGGUUGAUUUGAAAUCCAGCGAUAGGCGCAUUUGAUGUGCGGCACAUCUUCUUCGUAUAAUCAUCCGAUAGAGUCCGUCGUUUUGAAAAAGUGCAGUGUCCUAGGCGUGGGAGCACCAGAAGAACUAUCAUGAGUGUUAUAGAUUUCAUCUUCAGUGUAACAUUCACAUCGACGUGUUCAUCCGAAGCUGUUGAUAACACGUAAAUUUCGCCAAACUCAGCUGAUGCUGUACAUAGUAUAGUGAGUUAUCAGUAACGAGGCGUCGUAAACGUCAUUACCAAAGCACGCGGGGUUCAUCGGACGGAUCGAGUCAAUCGAAGUAGGCUCUUGGAAAGUAUUCCGAGAUUCGCGCAGUGGUUCGAGAAAGUUGGCAAAUCAUCCUCCAACCACUGUUCAAAAUGAUUCGCCGCCUAUUCAGCACCCUCAUUACCGAUUACCCACCUGUGGGUGAGUUUCUUCCGGCAGCGUCCACCAAUCCGUCGCAAUCGGCCCAGAAUGGGUCCGCCAACAGUGCCACAACCUUCCGCUCACCACACCUUGAAUCGCUGAACUGGCUGCACACCAUUUCGCCCUGUUUCCCCGUUUCUGGAGACCGUAUCGAAGUCAUCUACGAGCCUUCCGCCUUCUACAACACGCUGGUGUCGAAAUGUGCCGUGGCCAAGCGGAGAAUCAUGCUGGCCAGUUUAUACCUCGGCAUCGGCAGCAAAGAGUCUCAGCUGGUCAAUGCCAUCCACGACAACAUGAAGCAGAACCUGCAGCUGAAGGUGGACGUUCUGCUAGAUUUCACUCGGGGAACUCGAGGGGAGAAGAACUCCCAAACCACGCUUAUGCCUCUGUUGCGUGAGAGCGACAACUUCCGGCUUUCUUUGUAUCACACACCGGUGCUACGGGGACUUACCAAAAAGCUAGCGCCACCUCGGUGGAACGAACUGCUCGGAAUUCAGCACAUGAAGUUGUACCUGGUAGAUGACACGGUAAUCAUCAGUGGAGCGAAUCUAUCCAACGACUACUUCACAAACCGACAGGACCGAUACGUGAUGAUCGAGGACAGCAAGCUGGCCGAUUUCUACGCGGAAUUCCUCAACAAGGUGCAAGAAUUCAGCUUGAAUGUGAAUCGUAACGGUGAAGCAUGCUUGCACGAUAGCUGGAACAUGCUGCCGUACAAGAGCGCCCAAGCGGAUUUUGCUGGUGAAGCCCGCGAGCGGAUACGAAACUACUUCAAAGGGGUACUGGAACGACAACGGAGCGUCUGCGAGGAGGACAAAGUGUCCGACACGUGGAUCUUCCCGCUGAUUGAGAUGGGACAGCUGGGCAUCCAUCACGACAGUCUGGCCACCAAGAAUCUGCUCUCGGGGUGCUUGAAGGAUUCCAAACUCAAACUGGCUACCGGUUACUUCAACCUCACGGAAACCUACAUGGACACGCUCACCAAAGACUGCCAGGCGGAAUGCAGCAUUCUGAUGGCGCACCCGAAUGCAAACGGUUUCCUUGGCGCCAAAGGCCCAGCCGGUGGCAUUCCGGCGGCGUACUCCCUGAUCGCCCGGAAAUUCUACGAAAAGCUGAAACAAUCGGGCCAGGACCAUCGGGUGUCCCUAUUCGAAUACGAACGGCCCGGUUGGACGUACCACGCCAAGGGCCUGUGGUAUUACCUGCCCGGUUCGACGCUACCGAACGUCACACUCAUCGGAUCGUCCAACUUUGGCGAACGAUCGGUCAAUCGGGACCUGGAGGCACAGAUCUGCGUAGUUACAACCAACGGUGGGCUACAGCGCAAGCUGCAAUCCGAGUUCGAGAACAUCCUGCAACAUUCUACGACGGCGGAAGCGGAACUGACGGCACGACCGGUACCGCGGUGGGUCCGGGCCGUUGUCGGCUUGUUUAGGAACUUUUUCUAAGUCACAUUCUCCAAUUGCUGUUGAUGCCAUGUCUUCUGCUCGGCAGUAUUUGAGCGGAUUUUUCUCACAUUUUAGCCGUACAACCAUCGGAAUACCUACGUCACCAAAUCUAGCUAGCUAGGUAAGAGUUAAUUUGUUGACUAGUUAAUUUAUUUUAACUUGCGAGCCAGGCAAACAAACUACAAGUGUUGAACGCUUUUUUUCAAAACUAACGAAGAAGAUUUCUGAUUGUAAAAUAUUGAUACCUACAAUGUUGAGCUACUGAACAUGGUUUUUACUUGUUCGUUAAAAGCAGGG